AUGCUCGCUUCCAGCUUUGCGGCCGACAUUUGGAGUUGUGAACUCCUUUCCACGCGGCCGGAGAUCAACGGGAACUGCACGGCGUACUUGGCUGGAGCCGCUCUGGCGCGGCUUCUGCCGGGUACGGAGAUCAAGCCACAUUUCGACACGCACUGCAGGCUCGCGGCACACCUCGGGCUGCGUUCGGUGGCUGGCGCCUCUAUGCGGGUGGGCGGCGAGACCGUGUCCUGGAAGGAGGGGCAAGCCCUCGUCUUCGACGACACCUACGUGCAUUCCGUGAGACAUGACGGUGCUGAACCAAGGCAAGAGCGCGAUGUUUGUCCAAAAUGCGGGCAGGUGUCUAGAAAGAUGCACGGUACGUCCUUGUCUCUUGGUUUUGCCAUCCUUGUGACCAAACUUGGCGCGACCGUCUUGGCCACGAGAUAUGUAGUCACAGGCUUGAUGGUGGCGCCCAUGUACAUGCUGGACCUGGACCUGGAGUCUCCAGAGGGCACCAAGAUCUCAGGGUUCGUCGUGCUGGACGGGCACUCUGGCAGCCUCUGUCUGGAGCUCAGAAGUGCCUCAGCACAAAGCCUGGCCUUUCGGAGGUCAGCCAUGACCGCCGAGCCGACGAUGGCCGCCAAGUGCACGGCGGAGUUCGUGGGCACCUUUCUGCUGAUCUUCACUGUGGGCUGCAACGUGCUGGGCGGUUCGGCCACCUGGGCCGGCGUCUCCAUCGCCUUCGUGCUGAUGGUGUGCAUCUAUUCACUGGGUGGCAUCUCGGGCGCCAACUUCAACCCGGCCGUGUCGGUGACCCUGGGCAUCUCCCGUGCCAUGGGUGGUCCCGGCCUGGACUGGAAGACCGUGGGAAUCUACGCGGGCGUGCAGACCGCCGCUGGCAUCGCGGCCGCCGUCUGCUACUCCUUGCUCUUCGGGCAGAGCUUCAACUUGGCGCCCGCCAAGGGCUUCUCCUGGUACCACGCCGGCCUCUGUGAGCUUCUCUACACCUUCAUGCUGACCUUCGUGGUCAUGAACGUGGCUGCCGCCAAGAAGAACGUGGCGGAGAAGAACCAGUACUACGGCAUGGCCAUCGCCUUCACCGUGGUGGCAGGUGCCUAUGGCGCCGGCGCCGUGUCCGGUGGCUGUUUCAACCCCGCGGUGGCUCUGGGCAUCGACGUGUCCAGCGCUGGCCGCGGCUUCGGCUGGUCCAUCGCCUACGUCGUCUUCGAGCUGCUGGGUGCCGCCAUGGCCGCCGCCCUCUUCAAGGUGGUGCGCCCCGAGGACUUCGGCGGGGAGAAGAGCCAGGUCACCGAGCUGGUGAGCGAGUUCCUGGGCACCUACAUGCUGGUCCUGACCGUCGGCCUCAACGUCCUUGGCAGCUCCAAAGCCGCCGCCUUCUCCAUCGCCGCCGGCCUCACCUCCAUGAUCUACGCGCUGGGCGACGUCUCUGGUGCCCACUUCAACCCCGCGGUCACCGUGGCCAUCCUUGCCUCGGGCCGCUGCCCUGAGCUCACACCCGCCAAGGCCGGCACCUACACGGGCGUGCAGGUCGCGGGCGGCAUCGCGGCGGCGCUGACCUACGCCUUCAUCUACCAGGGCGCCACCUUCGGCCUUGGACCCGUCGGCUCGAGCACCUGGGCAGGCGUGUCCGUGGCGGAGAUCGUCUACACCUUCGUGCUCUGCUUCGUGGUGCUCUGCGUGGCCGUGUCCGACCGCACCAAGGCCUCCCACCUCUUCGGCCUCGCCAUCGGCUCCUGCGUCACCGUCGGCGGCUUCGCCAUCGGCGGCAUCUCCGGCGGAUCCCUCAACCCCGCCGUGUCGUUCGGCAUUGCCACCUCCCACGUGUUGAACGGCGGACGCUUCUACCAGGCUCUUCUGUACACCCUCCUGGAGCUCGCUGGCGCAACGGCGGCUGCUGGCGUCUUCAAGGUGACACACGAGGUGGAGAUGGAGCCCCUGGCUGGCAAGGCCGAGAAAGACGAGGCAUGA